CGAACGCGCAAUGGUAGGGUGAGGAAGUUUGUCCUUCCUGGCUUCCCGUUCUACGUCACUGUAUGUUGACGUGUAGUUUGGCUUCGGUCUCGUUAGCACGGCGGCGGUUAGCUUACGCUUCUGGAAAGUGGGCGCUUACAGGAAAGGUAACGGUUGGCUUUCUUUGCUUUGACAAACACCGGAACUUUGGACAAUGGCGGCGGACUGGGAAGAAAUCCGUCGGCUGGCCGCUGACUUCCAGAGAGCUCAGUUUGCCGACACCGUUCAGAGGCUGUCGGAGAGGAACUGCAUUGAAAUAAUCACCAAACUGAUCCAAGACAAGAAGCUGGAUGUGGUGCACACGCUGGAUGGGAAGGAGUACAUCACCCCGGCACAGAUCGGCAGGGAAAUCAGGGAUGAGCUGUACGUCCAUGGAGGACGGAUCAACAUUGUGGACCUCCAGCAGAUCAUCAAUGUGGACUGGGUCCAUGUUGAAAGCAGAGCCGGGGACAUCGCAAAGUCUGACAAAGGGGUUCAGCUAGUCCUGGGACAGCUCAUCGAUGAUGCAUACCUGGACCGGCUGGCUGAGGAGGUGAAUGACAAGCUCCAGGAGGCGGGUCUGAUCAGCAUAGCAGAACUGUGUAAAAGCUAUGACCUCCCUGGAGAUUUCCUAACUGAGGAGUUAUCCAAACGUCUUGGAAAGCUUGUCCAGGGAGAGAUGGACCAAUACAACAGAGGGGUCAUAUUCACCUCUGCCUUUGUUGCCCGUCACAAAGCCAGAAUACGGGGGCUGUUCAGCGCCAUCACCAGGCCUACACCUGUCAGCAGCAUGAUUGGAGCCUUUGGCUUUCAGGAACAUCUUCUGUAUUCUGUUUUGGAAGAGUUGGUGAACUCUGGACGCCUAAAGGGGAGCGUGGUGGGCGGCCGGCGGGACAAAGCGGUCUAUAUUCCAGACAUCUACGCCAAAACCCAGAACGCCUGGGUGGACUCUUUCCUCCAGCAAAAUGGGUAUUUAGAGUUCGAUGCGUUGGUGAGACUGGGGAUCCCCGACCCUUGUAGUUACAUCAAGAAGCGCUUUAAGUCCAACAAGCUGCUGUUCCUGCGGGCGGCCUGUGUGGGUCAGGCUCUGGUGGACCAGGUGGAGGCUACGGUGGAGGAGGCUGUAAACUCCGCCACAUGGACCGACCUGCAGCCAGUUCUGCCCAGCUGCCUGUCAAUGGAGGACAUGGGGAUCCUCAUCAACCAGGCUAUGAGGAACACCAACAUCCAGUCCUCCGCCCGGCUGCUGGGGGGCACCGUGGUGGUCAGUGAGAAGUUCAUCAGCAACUGCCUGUCUCUGUUUGACGAGGCCAUGCAGCAGAAAGCCAAGAAGGAGGUCAAAAACAAUCCCGUCUUUCUGAUUACCGAAGAGGAUCUGAAGCAGGCGUCCAUCCUGAUGGAGAGCUCGGCCCCUUCCAAAAAGGACAAGAGAGAAGCAGAGCGCCGGAAGAAGGCUUCAGAGGGCGGUGGCGGCGUGAGGGCCGGAGGAGGUAGCAACGCCAGAGAGAUCCGCAUCCGUAAAACCAAGAAGAAGGGGAGGAGGGACGAGGACAGCGAUGAAGAAAGCGGAUCCUCACAGCCGAAUCGCGGCAAACCGACUGAAACCCCCUUUAUGGCCCAUGAGGAGAUCGUCGCCGUCUUAGAGGAGAGAGUGAGUGACUGCCCUGAAGAAAUCCUGUCCGAGCUGGCAGAGCAUUUAGAAAGACCUCUGACUAAAAGCUAUCAGGAGGUGCUGCGCACCGUCUUCAUGUCCUCCACCGGCUCGUCUUCAGGCUCCAACAAGAAGAAGAGCGUAAAGGACCUGCAAGAGGAGAUCUCCAAUCUCUACAACAAUGUCCGUCUGUUUGAAAAAGGCACCAAGCUGUUCUCUGAUGAGACCCAGGUCAACAUCACCAAGCACAUCCUGAAGACCGUGUGCACUGACGUCACCAACAUCCUGGUCAACUUCCUGGCUGCUGAUCUCAUGAUGUCUGUGGAAAACCCAAGCUCCAUCACCAAUGAGGUCAGGAUGAAGAUUUUGGGUAAGCUGUCCGAGGAGACCAAAGGGCCUCUCAUGAAGCUGCACAACUGCUUGAACGGCAAAACUAUUGAAGACUUUCUAUCCAACCUGGAGACCUGUGCAGAAGUGUGUGGCUUCAUGUUGAAGAAAGGAGACAAAAAAAAGGAGAGACAGGCUCUGUUCCUGCACCGCCACGCGCUGAUGGAGCAGCUGAGGGACACGGAGGAGCCGGCCCUGGUGCUGCACCUCACCAGCGUGCUGCUGUUCCAGGCCAGCACCCACUGCAUGCUGCACGCCCCCGGCCGCUGCGUGCCCCAGGUCAUCGGCACGCUGACCGGACGGAUACCCGCGGAGCAGCAGCAGCUGCUGGCGGCCUAUCAGAACCUGGUGGUGAAGCAGCUGGUGAGCCAGAGCCGGAAACAGGAGGAGGAAGAGGAGGAGGAGGAGGAAGAGGAGGCCAGGGGGGUGCGCGCCCAGCUCCAGGCCCUGACCCCCCAGGUGAAGGAGCUGGUUCUGUCCCAUCGCAAGCCCUCCGUCACCGAGGACUGA